AUGAGAGGAAGAGUGGAGGCGGAACUGGAUCGUCUCCUUGCCCAAGAGAUCAUUGAACCAGUAAAACAUGCAGAGUGGGCGGCGCCUGUUGUUCCUGUGUUAAAACCAGAUGAGACAGUAAGACUGUGCGGAGACUACAAACUGACAGUAAAUCAAAUAUCCAAGUUGGAGCAGUACCCAAUUCCCAGAAUUGAGGACCUGUUCGCUACGCUGGCGGGUGGACAAAAGUUCACAAAGUUGGAUCUGAGUCACGCCUAUCACCAGAUUCCACUGGAUGAGGAAGCAAAGAGGUAUGUGACCAUAAACACGCACAAGGGAUUGUUCACAUACAAAGUACUACCUUUUGGGGUAUCAUCCAGCCCAGCGAUAUUCCAACGGAUAAUGGAGGGAUUGCUGCAGGGCAUUCCCCAGGUGGCAAUUUUCCUGGAUGACAUCCUGCUCACAGGGAAAGAUGACCAAGAUCACCUGCGGACGCUGGCCAUGGUGCUGGAACGGCUGGAGGAGGCUGGUCUACGUCUCAAAAGAGAAAAAUGUUUGUUUAUGAAUGAGGAGGUGAUGUUCCUGGGUCAUAAAGUGGAUGCAACCGGAUUGCACCCAGUUCAUGAGAAGGUGCAAGCAAUCCAAGAGGCACCUACACCUUCGAAUGUGACAGAGUUGAAGGCAUAUUUAGGACUGUUAAACUACUACAACAAGUUCCUGCCCAAUCUGUCAACAAUUCUUGCUCCAGUGCAUAAACUGCUUCAAAAAGACAAGAGGUGGCAGUGGGGAGAAGCACAGCAAGUUGCUUUUGAAAAAUCAAAGGAAAUGAUGCAGUCUGCACAAGUACUAGUGCUUUACGACCCAGAGAAAGACAUUGUGCUGUCAUGUGAUGCCUCACCUUAUGGAGUAGGUGCGGUGCUGUCACAUCACAUGCCAGAUGGAACUGAGAGGCCCAUAGGAUUCACCUCACGAACAUUGAACGCAGCGGAAAAAAACUAUUCACAACUGGAUAAGGAGGGACUAGCUGUGAUGUUCGGAAUAAAACGGUUCCAUAAGUAUAUUUAUGGACGUAAAUUCACUAUAGUAACAGAUCACAAACCUUUGUUGUCUCUGUUCAGUGAGAUGCGAGCCGUACCACAGAUGGCCUCCCCUAGAAUCCAAAGGUGGGCAGUAACAUUGAGAGCCUAUGAAUACACAAUAGUGUAUAAGGAAGGAAAAAAUCACUGUAAUGCUGAUGCCCUAAGCCGCCUUCCUUUGCCCGUGAAAGCAGAAGUAGAGAGACGGGAAGAGACAGUACUCAUGCUGGAGAGCGCUGGCAUAACAUUGGUGACAUCUGAUCAAGUAAAAGAAUGGACGGACAGAGACCCGGUGCUCUCGAGGGUGCGGGAGAUGGUGCGAAAUGGAUGGACAUCAAAGCGGGAAGGGGAGGAGUUUGCCCCCUACGAAGUAAGGAAGCAUGAACUCAGUAUACAGAACGAGUGUGUGUUGUGGGGCUCGAGGGUGAUUGUGCCGAAACCAGGUCAAGAACAGGUUAUGAGGCAGCUUCAUCAGUGCCACCCAGGAGUGUCCAGAAUGAAGGCAUUGGCUAGGAGCUAUGUAUGGUGGCCCGGGUUGGACAAAAAUGUGGAGGACACUGUAAAGAGCUGUCCCACAUGCCAAGAGCACCGCAACAUUCCUGCACCCGCUCCAUUGCAUCCAUGGGAUUGGCCUGAUAGGCCUUGGAGCCGCAUACAUGUGGAUUAUGCAGGACCGUUUAUGGAGAAAAUGUUUUUUGUGCUGGUUGACGCCUAUUCAAAGUGGAUGGAUGUGUAUCCAGUAAGCUCCGCUACUUCAGCCACUACAAUUGAGUGCCUGCGAACCAGUUUUAGUAACCAUGGUUUGCCUGAGUUGUUGGUAUCGGAUAAUGGCACUUGUUUCACAAGCAUGGAAUUCAAGGACUUCCUGAACAAAAAUGGCAUUCGCCAUGUAACCUCUGCUCCUUAUCAUGCAGCGAGUAAUGGGUUAGCAGAGAGAGGUGUACAAACAUUCAAGAGAAUGAUGAAGAAAUGUCCAGAGGGCACCCUGACAACCAAAGUAGCCAGAGUGUUAUUUAGCUACAGGGUUACUCCUCACACUACAACUGGUUUAUCUCCAGCAGAGUUACUUCUUGGGAGGAAACUACGUUGUACAUUAGAUUCCAUUCACCCAGAUCUGAGCAAAAGAGUGAGAGGAAACCAAGAAAGACAGAUGAAAGAUCACAAUAAAAAAGCGAAGGGACGUUGGUUCAAAACAGGAGACUCAGUGUUGACCCAGAACUUCAGUUUAGGCCCAAAGUGGAUCCCAGGAAUCAUUGAGUCGGUGACUGGACCGGUGUCCUACAAAGUGAUGCUUGGGGAUGGGAGGAUAGUGAGGAGACAUGUGGAUCAGAUUCACACUCACUACCCGAAACCAGAAAAAUGCAACAGCAACCAACCGGUUGACCCUGUUAAUUCUAGUGGGUCUGAAGAAAAAAAUGAAGAAUGGCUGGAAGCUGAGGAGGUCGUUCUCGGUGGGGAGAAGUUGGAGGAGCCAACGGCUGUGGAAGCUGUGAAAAACCCAGAGACUGAACAAGGAACUGAAAAGAGUGUAACUCCAGUUAAGAGACAAUCGAAAAGGCAAAUAAGGUUGCCUAGUUACCUUAAAGAUUUCCAGUUAGCUAAAUGA